GGGGAAGCCGGGGAGGCUCGGCUCGCACGCACGCCGCCUCUGUUUGUACACAGUGCGCUCGGGGCGGCUGGCUGGCUCCCCGCCCUCACGCUUCAUUGUUCUCCAAGUGGCCAGCCCCGCAGCCCAGACCCGGAGAGCGGCCCCAGCUGCGCCGGCGGAGCGGCCAGCCUGCGAUCGCCGAGCGGGUGACCUGGAGCCCCGGGCUCCCGCGCCCCACCCCGGCCGCCCAGCCCCAGCCCCAGCCCCAGCCGGGACCCACCCGCAGCGGAGGCUGAGACCCGCCGCUGCCAAAGCUCGCCCACCUCUGCGCCAGAGCGCAGGCGAGAGCAGGAGAGACAGCCCUCCCUUCGGGCACCCACUCUUCCUCGCCCUCUCCAAGAAUUUGUUUGAGGAAGCGCUGCAGGAAGAAGACAUCUGCCUGAAUUCACGGCCAGGGGCGGGGUUGCUGCUGCCCUGCGGUGCUACCUCGGGCACGUGCCCCCCCUGCUCCAUCGCCUGCCCAGCCGGGGUCAAGUCCCGGAGAAGGGAUCAUGAAGCACUCGGUGGCCGCUUGGCUCUUGGUCGGGCUCAGCUUCUGUGUCCCCCAGUUCUGCAAAGGUGAUAUUUGUGAUCCCAAUCCAUGUGAAAAUGGGGGCAUCUGCUUGUCAGGCUUGUCUGAAGAUUCCUUUACCUGUGAGUGCCUGGACGGCUUCACAGAUCCCAACUGUUCUAGUGUUGUGGAGGUUGCCUCAGAUGAGGAAGAGCCAACUUCAGCAGGUCCCUGCAUUCCUAAUCCAUGCCAUAAUGGAGGAACCUGUGAAAUAAGUGAAGCAUAUCGCGGGGACACUUUCAUAGGCUAUGUUUGUAAAUGUCCCCGAGGAUUUAAUGGGAUUCAUUGUCAGCACAACAUAAAUGAAUGUGAAGCUGAGCCUUGCAAAAAUGGUGGAAUAUGUACAGACCUUGUUGCAAACUAUUCCUGUGAGUGCCCAGGUGAAUUCAUGGGAAGAAAUUGUCAAUACAAAUGCUCGGGCCCACUGGGAAUUGAAGGUGGAAUUAUAUCAAAUCAGCAAAUCACAGCUUCAUCGACCCACCGAGCCCUGUUUGGACUCCAGAAGUGGUAUCCCUACUAUGCUCGCCUUAAUAAGAAGGGGCUUAUAAAUGCCUGGACAGCAGCAGAAAAUGACAGAUGGUCAUGGAUUCAGAUAAAUUUACAAAGAAAAAUGAGAGUUACUGGUGUAAUUACCCAAGGAGCCAAGAGGAUUGGAAGCCCAGAAUAUAUAAAAUCCUACAAAAUUGCCUAUAGUAAUGAUGGAAAGACUUGGACAAUGUACAAAGUGAAAGGCACCAAUGAAGAUGUGGUGUUUCGUGGAAAUGUUGAUAACAACACACCCUAUGCUAACUCUUUCACACCCCCGAUAAAAGCUCAGUAUGUAAGACUUUAUCCCCAAGUUUGUCGAAGACACUGUACUUUGAGAAUGGAACUUCUUGGAUGUGAACUAUCAGGCUGUUCUGAGCCUCUGGGGAUGAAAUCGGGGCAUAUACAGGACUAUCAGAUCACUGCCUCCAGCAUCUUCAGAACUCUCAAUAUGGACAUGUUCACUUGGGAGCCAAGGAAAGCUCGGCUGGACAAGCAGGGCAAAGUGAAUGCCUGGACCUCCGGCCACAAUGACCAGUCACAGUGGUUACAGGUAGAUCUUCUUGUCCCUACCAAAGUGACUGGCAUCAUUACACAAGGAGCUAAAGAUUUUGGUCAUGUACAGUUCGUAGGCUCCUACAAACUAGCUUACAGCAAUGAUGGAGAGCACUGGACUGUAUACCAGGAUGAAAAACAAAGAAAAGAUAAGGUGUUCCAGGGCAAUUUUGACAAUGACACCCACAGAAAAAACGUCAUCGACCCUCCCAUCUAUGCGCGGCACAUAAGGAUCCUUCCUUGGUCCUGGUACGGAAGGAUCACGCUGCGGUCGGAGCUGCUGGGCUGCACAGAGCAGGAGUGAGGAGACCCACACCCAGGACCCUCCUCUCUGUUCCCUCCUCUCUAUCUCCAUGGAAUGAACUGUGCUAAAUCUGUAGGAAACUGAAUGGGGUUUUUCAUGAAAAAGUGCUCAAAUUAUGGUAGGCCACAAACUAUCUUUUUAAGGAGGUCUAAGCCUGCCUUUUCAAAGGUUUAAUUUGAUUUUUAUUAUUUAAAUUUCUUAAGCAACAUCACAUUAACUGUGAAUUUCUUUUCUCACGGUUUCCAGAAUCAUUCACAAUGGUUGAAAUAUAUUAGGGAAAGAGAGUAGCAAGGUUAAAAAAUCUCAUAGUUAUCAAGUAAAAGCAAGAGUUGGUAGAGCUUUUAUAAUCAAUGCACAACCAGUUCUUAUCAAAGGGAUACUACAAUGUUAGCAAUAAGAUUUUUUUCUUUCUGUAGUGACUCUACAUUAUCCUAAUUGUUUCCCUGUGCCUACCAAACACUGUCAGUGUUUAUAACAGAAUUUUGAAGAAGAAUUUGUAACAUGUAGUACUAAUUGAUAUUAUAGUUCUUACUUUACUUUUUCUAAUCAGACAUCAUGUGAUCUUUUUUUUGGUUCUAUUUUAUAUUCUUUAUAUUCUAUAUUGCCUAAAUAAGUUCACAUUUUUCCAAUUGAGUUUUUUUCUAUUAUUUGCCUAAAAGAAGUAUCAUUGUUUACAUAUGGAACAUGAUUGAAAAUGAGUAGAUUGAUCAUAAUUAAUCUCAGUAGAUUGAAUAUGAAAUCUAUUUUUGAAGGAGGCUAUACCUAUGUAAAUUCCAGAUACUUCCUUUAUAAAAAAAAUAAUAUUACCAUUUUGGAAAAUAAACAAGAACAAAGUUGUAUUAUGUUCCUUUAAAACCAAAAUUUUUAUCUUCAUUUCCAUGAUAUUUAUAUAGCCUUAUCUUUACUUUAACAUAAUAGAAUGCUGAAGCCUUUGUUUCUCUAUUAAAAAUAUUUCAACAAAUGUUAACAUAGUGCUGCUUAGCUUGGCCAAGCAUACUCAUUAUUUCUUUGUUCAUCUCUGCACUUUCUGUGAAACCAGAAUUCUAUUAAGAUUUGAAACUGGUGGUGGUUUCCCAGGAAAGCACAUUGUGUAGUUAUUUGUGAGAAGAAAAGUACUUACUAAUGGCAAAGUAGUAAACCAUUUUCAAGAUGAAAAUUGAUUUCUAUUUAUUUUGCUUCAAAGGUCCUGAAAAAUAAGCAAUUAUCAUAACAAUUUGUUAUUGAUAAUGGAGGUUUCAUUGACACAUUUCUCAAAUUAAAGCUCACACUGCCUCCAUAAAAGUCCUCAAUAUCUAAUUUAUAAGCUUUACAAUUAUUUCUUUUAUAAGGCUUAGACACAGAAUUAUUGGAGUUUUAAAUUAAGGGUCCUGGAAAAGAAAGUACAGUGUGUGUACGAAAUGUUGAGGUCCUGUGCAACAACCCUAAAUUUUAUUUUUUCCUUUUAUAAUUUGUGCUGCAUAACAAAGCCACUAGAAUGUUACUGUCUUGUCUGUCCAUGUGUUAUUAGCAUUUCUUAAUGAUGUAUAUAUGGAGUGGUCUUAUAGUGAAGGAUUUAAAGAGAAAGUCAAUCAUGAUGGUAUUUUUAGUAAGAGCAAAAUUAGGACUGUCUGGCCACAUAUUUGUCCUAUGCUCAUACACUCUCUACUUAAGGCUCUUAAUACCAUUAAUUUGAAGCAUCUAAAAUAGUGAUCAGUUUUCAUAAUCUUUCAAAAACAAAAUUGCCAUGUCUUCAAUAUUGUUUUUAAGUGAUAACUUUAAAGUUAGGAACUUAAAUAUUUUUAAUUUGCUAAAUUUUAAAGUCAUGUUGCAAAUAAUUACUUAAGUCCAGAAAAUAUACACAUAAGUAUGUGUAUAUUUUCUGGACUUAAGUAAUUAUUCUUCUUCAAAAUUUUACUGUCCGACCAAAUUUCUAGAUGUUUUCCUUUGUAGAUGAUGAAUAAUUAUCAUUCUUUACCGAAUGUUUUAAAAUUUAUAAUUCUUUGUAAUGACUUACUUUUUCAAAAUUAUUCAUGGCUUCCUAUGAUACUUUGAUUUCAUUCUAUUGAUAGCUUUUUAAGCAAAUAUUUUCAAAGGGAGUUUAUUAAAAGUGUAUUUGUCACCUUUUAGAAAUACAACAAAAUGAAUUUCUCUUGCCUGUGCAUUUUCUCUCUGCUGCUUUAAAUGCUCUUCACCAACACGGCACAAUAAAUGGAAUAUCUAUUUGUCCGCAAUGCUCAAAAUUCAUGACAAUGAUGGGAUUUUGACAUGUGGAAAUGUUACUAAUUAUUGUGAAGUGACAUGUAGCUUUGAUGUCACUUGUAUCAGUGACAUCAAAGUGAAGUAAAUUUACUCUAUUUAAAUUCGCAUUAAAACAAGUGAAAUUGUAUAAGCAUAAUAUACAGAAUUCCCUAGUAUUCAUCACAUUGAGUAAUUAUAGUAUGGUAAUUUUAUAAUCUAUGAAAUUAACAUUUUAAACAUCUCCAAUUAUAUUUAUGUCUUGUUAAAAGCAUUUAUCACAGUCACUAAUUCUACUAUUAGGAUUGACUUUCUCUUUCUUUAUGACUUCAUAAGGACUGUUGUGAAUUUUGAAGACUUAGGGUACUAAGAUUGUACCUUUGCUAGGCAGCAAAUUAUGAAAUAUAAUACUGCUGGCAUCUGAUGUGUCAGUAAGUACAGAAAUAACUAAUACACAAAUAACCUUUGCAAACAUUCAAGCUGUGUAAUAUUCCAAUGUUGUUGUUUUUCUUUGUAUAUAUACUUAAAUAAUGUAGGAUGUUGUAAAAUCAGUAUGACCUUGUCUAGUCUUCAAACUUAAAAUAAAACUUUUAAAAAUCUGGGAUAAUUUUGGAGCAGUUGUAAUUAAACACAUUUUUAAGAAUAUACAAAUUGUCUGAAUAUGAAUGCCCAUUACUCUUUAACUAGUUGCUUAGUUUACUUUUUUCCUUUUUAUACAAGACAGUUGAAAAAUACAGAAAGGUAUAGAAAUUACAGUAGGCUCCAAAUAUACAUUAACAUCAGCAAAACUGGCCUAUCCAAAACAAAAUCAUUAAAAUGUGUGCAUUUCUUUUUGCUCCUUUUAGCUAUGGAAAUUUUAUUGGAAUUCUAAUCAUCCAAAGUCCUUUCUUAACCUAACACAUAUUUAAAGAAUGGAUCUGCUUAUUGUUAAUCAGAUGCUGUUAUUUUUGUUGUUUUUAAGUUACAUGAUUCUCAGUAGUAAAAUGAAGAGAUCUAGUCAAGUAAGCAGUAACACAAACAUUAAUAUGUAUUUACCCAUAUAACUCAGUCAUUGCUUAAGGAGAAUCAUAACACUUGGCUUUUUCAUAAACCCUCUCUGGAAGACACUAUAAAAUAUUAAGUCUGUGUACUUUCCACAGUUUAUAUAUUUUCUUAGAUUUCAAAAAAAAUCCUAUAUAAUAAAGAGGUAAUAUGCAAAUUAACCAUCACUCCAACACAAGAUGGCCGCC